AUGUCGUCCAGCAACUUCGAGCCUAACAACAGCAGCAACGCUGCCGGUGCGCAGCCACUUUCAGUCGGCGACGAUCGUCUGGCAUCGGACAACAACUUUACCGACCAAUCUUCGGCCCAUCCCAACCCAGAGGGAGACGGGCAGAGGGAGACGGGCGAAACAAUCGACCAAGGAGGCUACGGACUCUCCGCUUCCGGAGGCGAUCAGUUCGCGAGCGAGAACCAGACCGGCCAGGGAUUCUCUUCGACGCAGCAAGCUAGACAGACAGAAGGUGGACAAUUCCAGCCUAGCGUUCAGGACUCGAUCGGUAACACCGACUACCGCGCAGACGCACCUUCGGACACCGACACCGUCGCUCAUCGUGCUACGGACGUGUGA